AUGUUAAUCCCACCAACCAUCUACUCAGUACAAAAUGAUGGUCUAUGUGACCUUUCAAAGUCUGCAUGUAGUUCUAUCACAGUGACAGGAGCAACCUUUGUUUAUUCACAAAACCUUGUCUGUAGAUUACUAGCAGUGAAGGUAUUAAAUGGAAAAGUUGAGAGGUCAGACAAUGUUACGUUUGUUCAAGCUUCAUAUUUCUCCUUCAAUGAAAUUACUUGUCCAUUAGCAAAUGUUGGUAGCUAUGAAGUCCAGAUCAGUAACAAUAACAGCAGCUUCAGGCAGCCAUUUAUCUUCACAGUAUUUAAUCCAGAUUGUCUCAACUGUAAUGCAACAGGCAUUUGUACAUUAGCUCCUGAGAAGUGCUUCAUCAACAAUCAGUGCUUUUUCUAUGGACAAGAGAAUCCACAGAACCAGUCACUCGUAUGUGAUAACUAUGACGCACCUGACAAGUGGAGCAUAAAAAGAGAUUAUCCUUACAUUCGAGGCAAACCAGUGCUUUCAACAUCUUACAAUGAAACCUUAGAUGAGUUCAUAUUCCUGUGUGAAUUUACUGAACAUGAGCACCCUAAAGUAACUUACUUCAUUGAAUGGCUACAUUUGAGUCAGCGAGUAACAAAAUAUAAUGUUACUGACAUGGGAGUUAACUCAACAGUUCUCAAACUAAAUGUUUCUGAAAUCCCCAACUUUUUUCACAUGUCUAAUGUGUCAUGUGUUCUAACAGCCUGUUAUACAGAUAAUUGUACUUCAUCUGAAAGCCCACCAAAAACAAGCAAUGCUUUCCAUGUUAACAUUGCAAUUGUAGAGCAGAAUGUGGUGGUGACAGAAGGCAUGGGACCUGCUUAUAUCAAAGUGGCAGCUAAUGUACCUACACAUCUGCUAUGUGAAGGCAGUAGUGUUGAGCUGUGUUCUGUGUAUGUCAGCCUUCAAUAUGUCAAGGCAACAAAUGAAUACACAUGCCCUCAGAGUGAUACAGUUAUUCAACAGCUCAUCUUUCCUCACAUAGACAAUGAAUUGGAAAGUUGCAGUACCAGAUUUAAUAAAUGGCCAACUGUGAGGGCACCUGUGUCAGCCACCAUUGACUCUCUUGUAGAAGGGCACAUAUCUAGGUCUGUUGAGGUCUUCAUCAAAUUUGAAUACAACAGCACUGUUGAAGUUAUCAGAUCAAUAGGCCAACAGCAGGUAAACAUCAUUGAUCGUGAUAUUUCAACUAUGUGUGGGUCUGUGAAUGACCCUCAUAUGUCUUCAUUUGAUGGACAAACAUAUAAUAUAUAUUUGGAAGGAGAAUUCAUACUUUACAAACAUACAACUCUACCAUGUGAGGUCCACGGAUACUACAGAAAAUGCAACACUAAGGCUGCCUGUAACUGUGCUGUGUCUGUCAAGUAUGGAGAUGAUGUCAUUCUCAUUGAUAGAUGUGGAUCUACAGCAAGUGACAAACCUAUACCUGUAGAGGUUAAAAUAUUCAAAAACGGAAUGUUGACACCUGGUUUACGUAUCAUUCAACAACUGGAGGGUAGGAAGUUCAAGAUUACAUUACCUACUGGCACUGAAAUCAAAGUCACUGUCACAAACCAUUUCCUUAAUGUGUGGGUGCAAGCAUCAGCUCUUGACUUCAACAAUACAGAAGGCUUAUGUGGCAACUACAAUAAAGACCCAUCAGAUGAUUGGAAAAUGCCAUCUGGGACAAUUUUCACUGGUAUAUCUACAGAACCAAAUGAGUUUACAUUGUCUUGGCGAGUCAAUUCUACACUGACCCACUAUCGUGGAAUUUGUGCCACAGAUAGUACAACAUCAGAAAGCCUAUUCUGUAGAUGCACGGCUAAUGAUUCUUCAGAGUGUCAAACUGGGCUGAAUGUUGUCAAAUGUCCUUUGUCUAACACAGCAUUGAAAUUAAAUGGUGGAGGCAUAGAUGUGACAGAAUUUUAUGUGAACAACAGCUUAACUCCACAAUGCAAUGGCGAACAGUUUGAAUAUGAUGCCAACUACACUUCACAUGCUCUGAAUUGGUCUGUAUUUUCCAACUGGACUGAGGUGAAGGCAAGAAAUUUCUGUAUCAACUACAUUAGACAGAGUACAAUUGGAGUAAUGUGUGGGGACAUAUUUACACUGAGUUACAACACAACUGUUUCUUCAUGCGUAUCAGACAUACAGAUAAUGGACAGUACUGAUUAUGCUGUAGAGGCCCUGAGUAACUUGUUGGAGCAAUGUCUAAGUGGAAUGACAAGAACAGUUGAAUACUGGGUUUCAAAUAAACCAAACACGACCUUCUUGGAUUUAAUGUGCAUCAAUAACUGCAAUGAUCGAGGCAACUGUUCUAAAGGUGUAUGUCAAUGCAGUGAUGGCUUUGGAGGUGUAGAUUGCUCAAUUAACUUGAAGAUCCCACCUACAAUCUUGAGUGUUCUCCCUAAACUGUCAUGUGAAGUCAAGUCUGAAAACUGCCAGGUUUUAACUGUCAUAGGUGGACCUUUUGUUGACUCUGGGGAUCUGACCUGUGUGUUUGAGCAGAUCAAUUAUUUUGGAGAGAAGAAUUACACUGUCAGAGCCAACAGCACUUAUAUUGUCAGUGCUGUGUUCAAGUCUUAUGAGCGCAUCACAUGUCAACUUCCUUUCACUGCAAGCUUCCAGCUGUCUGUACAAAAUGUACUGAACAUAACCAGCAAUGUUGUUAUUUACCAAGCCUACAAUUUAGACUGCUUUACAUGUACUGGGGCUAAUUGCUAUAAACAGCCAAUAUACUGCUUCAUUGAAAAUGAAUGUUAUCUUUUUACAACAAUCAAAAGUGAUAAUUCUGACCUUUUUUGUGAUCCAUCUACUAAUAAAUCUGACUGGACAAAACUAAAUGAUUUCAUCAAAAUUGAGAUUAAACCAAACCUGACAACUAGUUUUAAAAUUAACUUAAACCAGUUUAACUUUGUUUGUGAUUGGACUGGUUUUGUUAAUUUUGAUACAUACUACACAAUAUAUGCUCAGUGGUAUCACGAUGAUGAUCUUGUAAAUGAAAUGCAAAUAAUUGGUAACAAAACAGCUUAUGAAAUGUCUUACCUAAAUUUUAUAGGAUUGAAACAUCAAUCAAAGGUCGUUGGAAAUUUAUCAUUGGUAGUAAAAGAAGGAUAUGAAGACAAAGUUUUCAGGAUAUCUUCCAACUUCCCUCCCCUUGUUUUCUGUGACAAGAACAACAACAGCUCAUGUGAGAUUUCCAUAACCAUGCAAGUCCCACCCAGUUCCAGCUCACCAGAUAUUCGUUGUCCUGUUACCAAACAACCUUUGCCUCAGCUGGUCUUUAGAUGGCAGACAGAGCAACCAUCCAUUCCUGCAUGUGCUGUAGUUAUCAACAAUAACAACUGGCAGCUUACUCAGACAGUGGUAGUCAGAGCUGUGUUGGAUGGAAAGAUAGAUGGAGAUGUUCUAAGGGAUGUCACUGUCCUUGCUCAACUUACUCAAAAUAUCAGCAUUGUUGUUGGCUCUCUUCAGGUCAAGAUUAUUGACACUGACAAUGCAGCCAUUUGUCAGUCUCUAAAUUAUCCACAGAUGACAACUUUUGAUGGAAUGUACUACAAUAAUUUCAAUCCUGGAGAAUACGUUCUUUACCGGCAUGCAUCUGGAAAACAAGAGGUGCGAGCUUACUAUAGAAAGUGCAGAGAUGGCAAAGCUUCAUGUAACUGUGCAUUGAUUGUCAGAGCUGGGAAAACUGUUGUCAGAAUAGACAGAUGUGGACCACUUAUUGGUGAUCCUGAAAGGCAGUAUCCACUUAAUGUUGAUAUGGUUGUUGAUGGAGGACUUACUCAAGGUCUUACUGUAGCAAGUUUUGAUGAUGGGAGAAAAUAUGAAAUACGACUACCCACGGGAAUGAAGGUUAUUGUAACUAUUGACAGUAAACGUAUGCAUUUUGCAAUACAAGCAACCUCAAAUGACUUUAAACAGACAUCAGGUUUAUGUGGAAAUUAUGAUGGCAACAUAACAAAUGAUUUAACAUCACGGUCUGGUGAAAUUAUUUCGCCGGCCAAUAUUGAUACAUUUUCUUUAAGCUGGAGAGUAAACAAAGAAGAGUCCAUAUAUGGAGGCUAUUGUGGUAAUGCUGAAGGUGUGGUUGCUACUCAACCAGUUUUUUGUGCUUGUGAUACAAAACAAACAUGCAAUGGAGAAAUCUACCAGUCUGGAUGUCAGGAUGAAUUAAGAUACAUUUCUGGAGGUAGCUUUUUGAAAUCAACUUUUUGA